CUCCAGUUGGAGUUGGAGCGCAACGGGAGAGACCCGUGGCCCUUGCAGUCUGUUUAAAAAAAAAAAGGCUGCCUUGCACUUGCCUGGAUGAACCCGACCUGGUCCUACACUCAGCGCAGCAGCCCGUCAUGGGGGACGGUGGCGCGUCCUCGCAGGUGAACCUCCAGAAUGGCUCCGGCAGCGGCGCUUCGGACGCACCAGGCGCCGCUGCGACCGCGUCCGAGCAAUGGAUGGCUGGGAUGAGCCUGGUUAUGGGUUUGAUCGUCCUGUUCAUUGUAAUUGGGAAUAUUCUAGUGAUCGUAGCCAUAGCCAGGACGCAGAGGCUGCAGACGCUCACGAAUGUUUUCAUCGUGUCUCUGGCCAGCGCGGACCUCAUCAUGGGGCUGCUCGUGGUGCCGUUUGGCGCCGCUCUCGAGGUGCGCGGCUCGUGGCAGUACGGCUCCUUUUUCUGCGAGUUCUGGAUUUCGGUUGAUGUCCUCUGCGUCACAGCCAGCAUCGAGACCCUGUGCGUUAUCGCCAUAGACAGAUAUGUGGCCAUCACCUCGCCUUUCCGCUACCAAAGCUUGUUAACCAAAGCUCGCGCAAAAACGGUGGUGUGCGUUGUGUGGGCCAUCUCUGCGCUCGUGUCCUUCCUCCCAAUCCUCAUGCACUGGUCCCGGGACAGCUUGGACACCGCUUGCUACGAGGACCCGGAAUGUUGCGACUUUGUCACCAACAGAGCGUAUGCCAUCUCCUCAUCCAUCAUCUCCUUUUACAUUCCUCUUCUGGUCAUGAUUUUUGUUUACGCCCGCGUGUACAGAGAGGCGCAAAAGCAGCUGAGGAAAAUCGACAAGUGCGAGGGCAGGUUUCACAACACUUUAACAGGACAGACCUCCAAGUGCAGGAAGAGGCCGUCAAAAAUCCUUGCGCUCCGGGAGCAGAAGGCGCUCAAAACACUUGGCAUCAUCAUGGGGACGUUCACUCUGUGCUGGUUGCCCUUCUUUAUUGUCAACGUGGUGCGUGUGUUUAGCGCGGAGGUGGUGGACAAGGACCUUUUCGUGUUCCUAAACUGGUUGGGGUAUGUGAACUCAGCGUUUAACCCCAUCAUUUAUUGCCGGAGCCCGGACUUCAGGAAAGCGUUCAAGAGGCUGCUGUGCUGUCCGCGGCAGGCCGACCGCAGGCUGCACAUCAGUUCCUGCGAUCUGUCCCGGUGCUCCGGCGGGUUCGUCAACGCUCUGGAGCCCGGGACGCUGGGGAUGUGGUCCGAUUGCGCAGUCUUGGACAACAGUGACAGCAGCCUGGUGGGGGGUGUGAAGCUGUCUCACUCUGAAUCCCAGCUGUGAAAAAAAAAAUCAAAAAAGAAAAUCACUUUUUGUGCGGAUUACAGACGAUUAGUGGAGAAAAAUAACACGGGUGUAGACUCUUCGAGGUGUCUCUUUGGGAAAAGGUUUGCGCGCCGUACCUUGUAGUUUGAUGGGUACUAUUUGGGUGUUGUGUGUUUUUAAAAGCCAUAUUUAUCGAUAAGAAAUCAGGACACCAUGAGCAAACCUCUGAAUGUAAAAGAGACAAUCCAAUUAAGCAAGAAAUAUAAUUCGAUGGAAUUCAGUAAGAUGGGUGCAUGCACUUAAAGCAGGACGUGCGCCCUCGUAGUUUAAACCUUUAAUUGUUUUAUUGAAUCAGAUGUUUUAUGUUGAACUUUCGAGAGAAAUAUAUUCAAGGGAACUAUGUUUCCUUGGAAUUAACCCCCAGGCCACUGUUUCUUUCUAAAAAAAUGACCCAUCGGGCGCACCGUAACAGACUGGUAUAUUUAUUUAUAAGCUUUGGACAGGCGCGACUGCACUUAGUCCUGUCCUGCUCACAAUGUGUUUCACCGUUUUACCUCACGGCCAUCGACAAGUGCAAUUUGUACGGCAGGUAUUUGUUUAUAUUAAACAUUGAUGUAAAUAGAAAUGUAUUUAUUCCACGCUGCCCUUUUACAGUUAAGAAAGUGCGCGUGGGCUGUUUCCCCACGCCCUUCGUACAUAUUAGAAUAAGUGGAGUUUAGUACAGA